GAACCAUUCUGCACCAGAUUUUGAAAAACUAGGAAACUGUUUUUAAAAGGCAUAGUUGUUCAUUGAGCACACAUGCAGACACAUAGACCCGUGGCAGAUUAAUGAGACGAAGCAGGAAUCAGAAUGGUCUCCCCGGAUUCAGAAGCAAUGAAACUCUGCAGUCCUCUUGCCAAGCAGAAGAUUUGCUCUGAAUCCCCAACUCCUGGGUCCCUUCAGCAGCACCUCUUCUAUGGCGAAUACGACCCCUUCAAGUACGCCCCCAUCUUCGAGAGCGAUUUCGUGCAGGUGACGAAGAAGGGGGAGGUCCUGAACAUUCAUAACCAGGUUACCGUGGUGACUGUGGGAGUGACGUCCACAAGCCCAAACUUUUCCCUCCCGAAUGUCAUGCUACUUGCCCGGCCUAUCAACGACUUGAGGGAGAUGGAAUGCAACUGCCAAGUCUCCACUGAUAGAUGCCCCAUGGAACUCACCAGGCUCUUCCCCUUGAGCUUCGUAAACAUUUCCAUCCACGAUGUCUACAACCGCCGGUUGCGACUGAAGCUCGCCAAUGGCCGGGCCUUCUACCUCCAGCUCUACGUUCACCCAGAGUGCGAGAACGAGGUGUUUGAGCGCUGGAUGAAGCUGGUCACCCUCCUCCACACCAACCCUGAGGAAGUGUAUGGUUACGAAGCUGUGACACCUGAGAUAGAGUGCAUCCUGGAACAGGCCAGUGUGGAGACCUCAGCCACUGAACUCUCGGAGUGGCAACUGGAACCCCCAGCAAUGUCACCGGGCAUGAGGGAGUACUACGAGGCCAGCCACGCGAGCAGCAAGAGGAGUGACAAGAGCAAGAAAAGCAAGAGCGACAAAAGCAAGAAGAGUGAGAAGCCCGAGGACUGCAGCGAGAGGACCCAGAGCAAGAAGAGCAGGAAGAGUGGCUCCAGCAAAAUGGGAGAGAGCGAGGGAGAGACGGGGAGCAUUCCCGACUUCUCCCAGGAGCAAGAGCCCUGGCCUCCGGUCGAACCGCCACAGAAAAAGAAGAAGACUCGAGGGCCAAUAGGCUUCAACUUCUUCAAAGGAGAUAAGGGUUCCAAAGAGAAGUCUCCUGAGGAAGGCCAGAAGCUGGGGCCAGUGUCACCUCCUACCCCAGACUAUGAGGAGAAACCAAAGACGGAGCGGGAGGAGAAAGGUGACAGGAAGAGAGCGGACGAAGGAACAGGCAGGCAGAAGGAGAAAUCAAAGACGGACAAAGGGGAGAAAGAGAGGAAGAGGCAGAAGGAUAAAGAAGAGAAGGAGAGGGAGAAAAUAGAGAAACAGAAGGAAAGGGAGCGGCAGUUGAAGGAGAAACAGGAGAAGAGGCAGCGAGAGAGGGAUAAUAGGAAACAGAAAGGGAAGGACAAGGGGACGGAUAAGGAGAGGAGGCAGCAGGAAAAGGAGGAGAGGCAGCGGGAAAAGGAGGCCAAGCAGAGGGAGAAGGAAGAGAAGAAACAGCGAGAGCAGGAAGACAGGAAGCAGAGAGGGAUGGAGGACAAGAAGGGCAAGGAGAAGAGGUCUCGGGAAAAGGAAGACAAAAAGAAACAAGCGAAGGCCAAAGGGGAGAAAGACGUGAACGAGUCAAUGCGGGAGGUGAAGGGUGCGAAAGCAGUUUGAGAAAGGACAUGUUUAACUAUUGGUACAAGGAAGGUGCAUUGGAUGCAGAAACCUAGCAGAGAAGGCAAAUGUUUAAACGUAUCAAAACAGAUCUAAAGCAUCCCCGUGAGCUGGGAAUAAAAUGCUUCCUUGCAAUUUAUUUUGGUUUGACAAAGCCAAACUUCACUACCCAUGUGUUUCCCUUCGUGUCCUAAGGUCAAUGUUUACCCGUCCUGCGGGUACCUCUGUCUUUUAAUUGACUGUGUUCGGAGUGUGUCAGCAGCUAUCUUCAUUGAACUCUCCCAACAUUA